AUGGAAAUGGAUAAGGAAGCAGGUGAGUAUCUCACUUCGAUAUUACUGGUGAGCUCUCCCAAACAGCAAGAGCAGAAUAGUUCUGGUGCAACAGACGACAUUCAGGAAUCUCAGAAAGCGUAUGAGCGAUCGAGUCAAGUGAUUUUUGGGGGUAAACGUGCAGAUGUCGUCGACAAUCUGACCAUACCCACGCUGGUCAGAACUCAUGAUUCCCACUGGUCAAUCUUCAGCCCUGAACAACAAAUGUCCCCCAGGCUUGGCUCUGAACGGACCGUUGAGGCUACACAGUCUGGACGCUCCCACCGCAGCAACUCUUCUUCAUCUUCUCAACCGCGUGGUGAGUCCGCCAAUUACCCACCCACAGAACCAUCCAGAGAGCCCCAUGCAGACACCCUUUCAGACAACUCCAUAAAAUCUUUUGAAUCUUUGGUGACAGGCCACGGCAAAGUCUGCUUUUGGUGUGCUAAGGAAAACAUCACUUCUUGCGCCUCCAUGGCCUCAACCACGAGCAGUGAGGACAGUGACACCGUCAUAUCCGAUGAGUUGAUGAGCCUUGACAACAAAAAUAUCAUCGAGCCUGAAGAUCAGCCGAGAAUGCCUCUUGAAAUCCAUGAGCUAGGGAAUCAAAGUGUCAGCGAAAUGCUUACAGCUCGUGAUUUUGGUGGGCUGGAGAAAUCGCCGAAAAUGCCGGAGCUUCUGUACCGAUGGUCAAAUCUUCACUCCCAAGGAAUCAACAACAGAGAUCUACUCGUCGCAGGCUCUUUUGUCAAAACAUGGCCCAGAAUUGCGUUCCCUCGUGAUAUCUCCAGAGAGGAGUUCCUCGGUCUCUUCAAAGCCCAUGUGACGAGAGAAAAAGCCCCUACACCUUUUAUCUCCGCGUUUGCCAGGCCGAUUGCACCGAUUCAUCGGGCUCUGAGGAAUAGAGCUCGUGCGAAAAUCUCGAUCAUCGAUCCAAAAUUGAUACCAAAUGAAGUCUUCCCUGCGCAGCCCCUGGCCCAAAUCACCCAAACGCUCGUUGACCGUUGGAAGGGUUACGGUGAAUUUGAAAUUUGGGGAUUUGUCCCCCGGGAAGCGAUAGUUGGUACAAUGUUCAUUACUGAGCUGGAAGAUAUUGCACGUGGAGAUUCCGAGAUUCAGGAGUAUCUUCAGCUCGAUCUGAUCCGUGCAGAGGAGACUUGUCACCGGGGGCUUCGCCGCAAUUUGCGCGGAAAUCUGCGGUCCCUCAGUUACCAAGACAACCGAGAAGCGCUCAAACGAGUGGCUGAUGAAGUUGACAUUCCAGAGGAGUACAAGUCAGCUUUUAUGCGGGACAUUCAUGCGGCAUGGACGAUGAAUUUGGGUAGAGGUACACAGUUUCUCGACGGGGAGGAGGAUCCAUUGUGCACCCAAGACUGGACUCAAACUGGAACAUAUGAAAGGUCGUCACAGAGGCUUGUGGAGACAGCGAGAGGGAUUCGUCACCCCAGCGAAAGCACCAUCUCGUAUGUCCCUUCAGUAAGCGAUAACGGAUCGCCUUCCGACUCCAGUUCCGAAGGUGACAAUAUGUCUCAAUCCCCCGUCGCUGCAAUUCCACGACAGGACACACCGAGUCCUGCGUUCUCUCUGGCAAGCGACUCUGAGAACUCAGUGAUGUCUCCUAACUUGAGAAUGCCUUCUCCUGAACAGAUUGAUACCGACAUGACCGACGUGAUUGUGUUACAGACCCAGUCGCGAACAAGCAGAUACUUUAACGGACCGGAAAGACAUCGGUCUAGGACUCAAUCACCCACUCUCGACCCACACAGCUUGGUUGAUAAAAUUUCCUACGAUGAUGAUGAUUCCCUCGAAGAUUCCGACUGGCCCUCUGAAGGCGAAAUUCUUCUAGGCAAUGACACCCCGAGCAAGUGUCAUUACCUCAGUCGCCCAAUGGACGAAACAUGGCGGGGGUCGAACGCUGACACUCCACAUCUCUCUGACAACAUCGACCCAGAAGACAAUUCUCUUACUUUCACUGAGGCUGAUCUCUUUGAUGUCUGA